ACAAUCACAAUUAAGAGAAUUUACCUUCUUUGCCAUACGGAAUGAAGUUUACUCAAAGACACUGUUUUGCUUUCAUUCUUCACAAAUUCAGAACCACCAGAACCCCUCUACCAAGUUGAGCCUUCAAGUUCAGCAAAACACGGCGGAACACUAACAAGGAGAUCAUAGGCCGUAAGGUUUGACUGGAUAUCAACGGAGGAGAUGCUUCAGUACGCUGAAUAAACUGCUUUUGUGAGGAAACAACUCAUCACUUAAUGAAUUGGGCGCCUGUUCGCUAAACAUCAGCACGUUUGACACUAAACACACAUUUUGGAAUGAACUAUGUGUGGAGUUUACAACGGUAAAAUUGCUGGUUCAUAAGAGACGUCACGAAUAAUUUUGCGACAUGUAGGUGUCAGUUUACGGCUCUUCCCAUUUAUUGAAUUGUAUCCGCAAAUGGUGAUACUGUCGUAACAAGGCAGUUGACCGCUCUCUACAAUGGGAAAGCCACGGAGGAUGUAAUCUCCGGUAAUACAUCAAGCGACGUCAAAGGGCUUUUAUUUUGAAAAUUACUUUGUAGGCGUGGCGCCGUGAAAACGUUCCUGUUAAUCUGAUGUGUUAUUUCUGUUUAUGAGAUUAAAUUCAUUUGCGGCUCUUUUUGAUUUUAUGAAAUGCUUGAAAAUGAAAGCAGUGAAGCUCGUGAAGCAGAAGAGUAUAUUGGACUUUCGGAUUUUGUGGCUGAUGGAGAUGAACAGCUAAGUUUCUCAGUAGGUGAUAAACUAAAGGUCCAUGACAGGAGUUCAGAACUGUGGUGGUGGGCUGAACUGCAGGGUCAGUUUGGUUAUGUUCCAUCCAACUAUUUGCACCAAAACGAUGAGGAUGUGGAAGAUGCUUGGCAAAACGACGAAUAUUUCGGGAAUUAUGGGAUAUUAAGGCUUCAUCUUGAAAUGCUGUCAGAUAAACCCCGCACAGAGACAUACAGGCAGGUGAUCCUGAGGAACAGCACUGCCCUGAGAGGGAAGGUGGUCAUGGACUUGGGCUGUGGGACAGGAGUUAUCAGCCUCUUCUGUGCCCGACUAGCACAGCCUGCAGCGGUGUAUGCUGUAGAAGCCAGCUCAAUGGCAGAGCACACAGAGGAACUAGUGAGGCAGAACGGCUGUGAGGGAGUUGUGACAGUGUUUCAGGGCCGAGUCGAGAAUGUCACUCUACCUGGGAAAGUGGAUGUUCUAGUGUCAGAGUGGAUGGGGAACUGUCUUCUGUUUGAGUUCAUGGUGGAGUCAGUGUUGCUGGCUCGUGAUCAAUGGUUGAAGGAGGGGGGAAUGAUGUGGCCGUCCUCUGCCUGUCUGACUGUCGUUCCUUGCCAGGCCCUCUCUGACUACAAGCAAAAAAUUGAGUUCUGGGAGAAGCCAUAUGACCUUGACUUCAGCUUUCUGCAGCCACUUGCACAGAAGGAGUUUCUCUCCAAGCCUAAGUUUAGCCAUCAUCUCAUACCCGAGGACUGUUUGUCCACCCCAUCUGAUGUUAUCACUCUUGAUAUGGCUACGAUGCAGGUGUCAGACUUAGAGAGGCUCAAAGGAGAGUUUAGUUUUACUAUUGAGAAGACAGGCACAUGGCAUGGCUUCACUGUUUGGUUCAGUGCACAUUUCCAGAGUUUAGAAGAAGAUGGACCAGCAUUGGAGUUGAACACCGGACCAUAUUCUGAGAUGACUCACUGGAAACAGACUCUGUUUAUGGUGGAUUCACCAGUGACAGUUGAGAAAGGAGACAUUAUCGCGGGGUCCAUACGUCUUCAGAGAAAUCCUAUCUGGAGACGUCACUUGUCAAUCACUUUUUCAUGGAACAUAAACAGCACAGAACUUUCUAGGGUACAGACGAAGAGUUUUCCAAUGUGGAGGUGACAUGAAGACCCAUCCACGAACUUUUACAACACACAGAUCCUUUAACAAAUCCUUGUCCUUGAACUUUGUCUUUCUCUUUGAAUUUUACAAACAGUACUGUCUAUGCAGGUUGUAUUUGACAAAAUAAAACUGACAAGACUUUCAAAUGCUUGAGUCCAUAGAAUCCCUGCCCUCAUGUUUUAUGAGUCCUUGAUAGUAAGGAGCUAAAGCAACACUAAAAACUCUGAUUAGAAUCAAACUGUAAAGCUCAAACAUUAAAGUGUUUAUCAGCCCUCAAACACAAAAGCAUCCCAUGUAUCAAACUUUUUCUCUCUUUCAAGAGCACAUCUUAUUAAACAAAACUUAGAUUUUUACAUUUGUAUUCCUUUUAUAAAAUGUGUAUGUUGUGCUGUAGUAUGUUUUAUUAUUUAUAUCUUCAAAGUUUGCAGUUCUCCCUAUUUUGGUAUGAAGCAGUGAAAAUAAAAAAUGAAAUAGUAAUGAUU